AUGAAAUUAACUGGUUUGCCAAUUCUGCUGGUGGCAGUCUUCGCCUGUGUCUCUUCAGGCCUGGUCUUGGUAGACUCGUCUCUGGCAUCUGCAUGUCUGUAUUAUGAGAAAAUGUUCGACUGGGGAUGCCAUACGCACGGUGUGAGCAGAAAGGCGUACAAAUGCCGCUGUUCCAACGUCAAUUGGCUGGGCACAAUGACCAAUUGCAUUGCCAACAACACAGACAGCAAACGGCUCAGAAACCAUGCCUUUAGACAUGUCAUCGAGCGGUGUCAGUCCAAGGCCAAUAUUGACUACACUAUGGACGACAUGUACGGGUACUGGAAAAACGGUACCCAGUAUUUGAGAGACCCUACAAUGGCAGACAUGGACCAUCCGGUCAACACCACGUUGCGGGUCGACCAGCCGGAAUUCGACUGGUAUUACCGGAAAUUUAAAGACUACACCUUUUCCGUGGAGAGAAGUCAGUGGUUCGGAUGGGGCCUGGUCUUCUACUGGAGCGCUGUCAUCGUUGUCUGUACAUUGUACAAUUUGAACCAGAAAUUCUUGGGCGUCAAAUUCACCAACAAAUGGCUCUCCAGAUCCCUGGUAGUCCCUUCCGCAUUCAAAAAUACGCUCUUGAAGUAUCCCAAACUGCAAAAAUUGUUCCCGGGACCCUACGCAACCCGGUUGCAAGGCCUCGCGGUGUUGGUUUUCAUUGUCCAAGUGUUCAUCACAACGGGUGUCGGCUACGAGAUGAAACUGCCACAUCCGUAUCUCACAACUCGGUGGUUUAUGAAUCUCACUUUGGUGAGUUAUAGAACCGAUUUGAUGUGCAUGUCGCUGUUUCCUCUAAUCUUUUUCUUUGGAAUCCGCAACAAUCCGUUCAUUCCACUCACUGGGCUCUCCUAUGCGACGUUCUCGUAUUUCCACAAAUGGUGUGCAUACGUGGCUGCUGGUCUCGCUUUCAUUCAUUCCAUAAUUUGGACAGUGUGGUCCAUCCACGACGGCGGUUACAAGGCAUGGGCAAUGGACACGUAUUGGCAGCACGGAGUGGCCGCCAUGACACUAAUGGCCCUCCUCGUUUUCCACAGCACCAAGUUCAUUAGAGAUAUGGCCUACGAGGUCUUCCUUUUCUUCCACCAGUUCUUCAGUAUAUUCUUCAUCAUCACCAUGUACUAUCACUGCAUCACCUUGGGUUGGAUGGGCUGGAUCUGGUCGAUGGCUGGCAUUUUGUGCUUUGACAGAUUGCUUCGGAUUGUCCGCAUAGUCUUAAGCGGUGGUCUGCAGAAAUCUACGCUAACUGAUUGUGGGAAUGGGAUUUUGAAGCUGACACUCAAGAAACCCAAGUUCUUGAAGUACAAACCUGGCACUUUUGCCUUUAUUUACUUUUUGAGCUGGAACGACCCAUGGUACUAUCAAUGGCAAUCGCAUCCAUUCACCUUGCUGAGCACUUCACUCCAUGAGGGCGACAAUGGGGAGGAAAUCACUGUCAUUUUCAAAGCUCACAAGGGAAUCACCCAACAGCUGCUGUACAGAUUGCUGAGGUCUGGAGAAGAAUCUAUUCAGAUCAGAGUCAUGGUUGAAGGCCCUUACGGCGACGUUCUCCCUCAAAAGGCUAAAAUUGAGAAAAAUUUGGUUGGUGUCGGAGCGGGCCUUGGGGUCACCGCUGUGUAUGCCCAGAUGGCACACCUUCUAGAAGCGCAAGCGUCUGGUUUGAAAUCCAAAAUGUAUUGGAUCGUCAACGACUUGAGUCAUAUUGCAUGGUUCAAAGACGAAAUUAGUUGGCUCUUGUCGAGGAAUUGUCAAGUCACAAUUUUGUGCUCAACAAGAAAGGACAUGGACGAAGAGAAGCCGGCGUCGCUAUGCUGCUCCUCGCGUGCUUUACUUCAGAAACUCAAAGUUGAAUCUUUGUACGGCAGACCUGACCUGGUGGCUCUUGUAGAAAACGAAGUUCGCAAGUCAUCAGAGCAGUCCACAGAUUUGGGUUUUAUCAGUUGUGGACCAACCACUUUCAACGUGGACUUUCGUGCGUCGGUUUCAGCAUGUCUUGAUCAAAAACAAAGCAUAGACGUAGCUUUUUGGGAAGAAAGUUUUGCGUGGUGA